AUGGAUUGCCUGAGAACAAAGCCACUCUCCGAUCUGCAGAAGGCAGCUGAUAAAGUUUCGAAGGCUUUCUAUCCGUUCGGCAUAGCGUACAGAUCUCCAUCUUACGAGCAGCCAGCCAUACCCACUAUUUUAGGUGUAUUUAGGCAACUGCCGAAAGAAUAUCCCACUGAUGCCAAUUUCGAUGAGAAGUUUCAAUACAUCAAUUUCAAAAGAUUUCUUGCUGGACUUAUACCUGACAGCCAAUUCAGGAACGCUCCGCUCUUGCGACGACAAAUCCUCCAUCAGUACAUCUACACUCAAGGAGACAAGAAGAACACAUACUUCUUAUUCGAGCAAAUGAGAAAGAUUCUUCUUGACCGUGACUUCAUCGCACCCACCCAACAACUCGUCAGUGAGCUUAAACGGAAGGAGAGCCCUGUUUACCUGCUCGAAUAUGGCAUUGACAACCCACCUGCCUCGUGUCUGCAGGACGGUGGAUGGGAUGACAUCAAGCCAUUCUGUGACAAAAUGUUCCAGUACUUCAAACGCUUCGCCACAAAGGGGCAACCAACGAAAAACAGCUGCGAGCCAACGAAUCCAACUUGGCCGGCUAUGGGCUCAGCCAAACGGGAUUAUUACGUCAUACUCAAGGCUGACGGGACCAUUGAAUGGGACUCAAACUUUCACCUUGCCAGCACUCAGCUGUGGAAUAACUUCCUCCUGGCCUUGGACACGCUAGAAUUGAAAGGGAGACGAGAUGCUAUCUUCAAAGAAGAAACUCAGCUUGAUCCUCUUGAAGUAGAAGACGAUGUUCAGGAAUGGCAUCGAAAAGCAGCAGAAGCCGGUGACUUCGGCUUAGAACACGCGUUGGAAGACCUGCCGUCGCACGCGGAGUUGUAA